UAUUCCCAGCGCGGGAUACCAUCGCAGGCCGAGCCAGACUUCCCCCCUACCUAUCGUGCUACCUUAUGCAUGCCGCUAGCACACCAUGGGCCGACCCUUGGCAGGCUCACGGCACCGAGUUGCUGCUGCCCACCCACCCUUUGCCGGGAUUAAUGCGCUCUUUUCGCUACCCAUACCACCAUGAUGAAGCCCCUCCGUGCCCUUGUGCGUCACUAGCUCCUUGGAGACUCCAUAUGGUUGCCGUCGGAUAUUGGGUGGGAUAUCUGCCCGCUCCCAAGUUGCCGGUAUGGUGGCAAAGUGAGGGCGCAUCAGCCAGUCCGCGUGGUACCUACCUACCCACCUUGGUAGCCAGUAUCCGACUUCCUCCCCCGCCUCUUGCCUUUUUGUCUUGAGGGUGUACACCAAGAACACCGAUGGGCCGAAGAACUUGUGCUUGCGCAUGUAUUGCACGUUCUCCUGAGCAGCGGGAUCUCUUUUCUCCAACCACCAACUCAUCCUUUAGUUGAGGACCUGCCUUGAACUUCCAGCAAAGUGAGUAGCUCAGCUGUUAGCCGAAUACACCUGCGCACUUGGAAAUCCUACACCAACUUUCCGUCCACACUAUUCCUCUCCCAGAGCGAGGCCUCGUUAGCAUCAAGGGGCUCUCACGUGUUAUUGGACUAGGAUACCUACCCCGGCGGCUCGACCCAACAGCCAACCGUUGUCCUCAGGCCCAUCCCAGCCAUGCUGUUACUACCCCGAGCGACGGCGUUCGCGCUCUUGUGCGCUCUCCCAGACAUAGUCGCGGCCGUCGCCCUGGCCGCCCGGCAGCAGACGGCAGCCCAGCUGCCGCCGCAGUGGAUCACCGUCGAUGCGGCCGGGUCGGCGCGGACAGUCACCCCGCAGCUGACCCUCGUGGGCGGGACCACAUCAACCAUCUCGCCGCCCCCGGACGAGCUGACCCGGGUCCAAACGUGGAGGAUGUCGGCCCACGGCACCGCCGUCACCACCACGACCCGCGCCCCCAUCGCCACCGCCACGCCGUCGGGCUCGACCGGGUCGCCCGGCGGCGGCGUCAUGCUGAAGUGCCAGCACUACGUCGGCAUUGACGCCCCCUUAUGCGCCCCCUACAGGGGCAGCUUGCUCAACCCAGGCACUACGUACUACCUGACAUGGUACGUUGACUUCUUCGGCUCCAACCCGGACCAGGACAUCGAGGUGCAGGUCAGCUAUGACGGCGGCCCGGUCCUUUUGACCGACAAGAUGCCCGCCAGCGUCGGCUUCUACGCCUGGAGCGUGCCGGCCGACUUCCUCGAGCGGAACGGCGGCGGCCGGGCCGCCGUGGAAGUGACGUGGAGCAUCAACUUCGGGGCCCCGGACGGCUCCAAAUCCAUCAUCCACGGCGAGGGGCCGACCGUGACCAUCACCCGGGAGCAGAUGCUCGUCGACGACGGCCUGCCCAAGGGCGCCGGCGGCUCGCUCGCGGCUCUGGCAAUCGCCGUCCCCGUCGUCGUCAUCGUCCUGCUCGUCCUCGGCCUCGGCGGCUUCUGUUUUUGGAGCUGGCGCAAGAAGGGCGUCGUGCCCGGCGCCGCCGCCAUCGGCGCCCUCAAGCGCCGGUCCACCGGCGGCGGCGGCGGCGGCGGCUACGGUGAGCGCCGCAGCAGGUCCGAGCGGGCCGCCGGGCAGCAACAGCAAGACCCUGUCGCGCCCCGCCCCGCAGGGCCGGGCGACCAGCUACCAGACGACAAGUUUCCUGGUAUCCAGCUCACCGACCGCGACAGCUGGUCGCCCACCUCGCCGUCUAGUGGGCGCAACGUGUUCCAGGAGGAGAUUAGAAGGCAGGAGACUGGUCGGCGAUGAUUCUGGGUCGGUUGAGCUGUCUGGUUGGAUACCGGGCCGACAACGCUAUAAACUGCUCAGGCCUAGGUUUUGGAUCUUGGAGUUGAGUGUCAUGGCCUGGACAACUUUCAUGGGGCUAGGAACCUCAUGAGCGACGGCGCUCAUGAAGAUAAUCAGGUAGUUACAGGUUUGCCCGUCGUGGCAUUGCUGCUGCUUUAUAUACCAUGACUACAGGUACCUAUUUUGCAAGAGAAAACAUAAUUCUG